AUGGACCAUAUUACUCCCCGACAGCUCAGUGACAUCCUUGUUGACUUCCUGAAUAAGUUCUCUUAUCAGGACAAUAUUUCCCUUCCCAGAGCCGAAUUCCACGCGCUUCAAGACUAUGCCUCAAGAUUCCUUCCCCGCGAGAAUAGAAUAGUGGCAGGCAUGAGCGAGUACGCACAUGCUGCGUUCCCUUUUCUACCACUAGAGAUACGUCAAAAAGCAACUGUCUAUGAUGCCUACCAAAUGUCAGUUGAUGACCUCGCCUUUGAACAGCACGACAGUCUAGACGGCCUAUGUCCUCAGCUAUCCGCUCAGACUGAGAUCAAACACCCUGUGUGGCAAGGGUUCUUUGAAACGUUACCGGCCUUCCUUGAAUUUUAUGGCCCUUACUGUCAGACAACUCUUCUUUGUGGAGCCCUCGAAUUUAUCCAGGCCACUACAGUGGAGCGAACUCUGUUUCGAGGCUACGCAGGCUCCAAGUUUCCCGAUUACGUGCGGCGGAUGUCAGCCCAAGGCCCUGUUCAGGCAGCGAUAUGCUUUCCCGAGCAAGAGUUCCCUCAAAAACAAUAUCUUCCCAUAAUAGCAUCCGUUGAGGCUGAACUAGAAGACUGGGUUGGAACUGUGAACGAUCUUUUCUCGUUUUACAAGGAGAGUGAUACCGCGGUUGACCGCAUGAACUACCCGUUAAAUGCUUCUGCAUGUACUGAACGCACGCCUUUGGAGAUGCUUUGGGAAAUUUCUGAUACUGCACUUGCUUGCAAGGAUCGCCUCAAAGCUAUCUUAAAAUCUGCGGGUAAAGAAAAUGUCCGAUGCCGUGUGCAGGAAUUCAUGACCGGCUAUGUUCGGUAUCAUCUCGCAUGCGAUAGGUACCGCAUCAGCGAACUCUGUGAAAAAUCCGGUGAUGUGGACCUUCUCGCUUAUUAUAAAAUGAGUUUACGAGCGGUCGGUGCUUUGCAGGGCUCUUUUGUAUCUGUUCACCCCAAGCCACGAGAUCGGGUACGCACAGACGAAUGCAUGGCAGAAGUCACCGAAGAGCCGUAG